ACCAAUGGUAUCACGCAUGGAAUUUCCCAUUACUCUACCAAGAAGUUACAAAGAAAGUUCGAACAUGUUGCUUUUCCAUUUCCAUUAAGUAUGUAGCACUGUACAAGUAUUUGCUUCAUCAAUCAUUUCUCCCUUCUCCCUCUCUUUCCCUUCAAUUUCCCAUCCAAGAUGAGCCAAUCCGACUCCAGUUGGAUGCUUCCCAUCGAGGUGAUGCUGGGUUCCCUCUACCACGGCCAAGUCCAAGCCUGCAGUAUUUCAACCGUCACCGACGAGCUUCGUGUCCCAAACGUCGCAGCCUUCAAGCCCAAAGAGGUCUCCAUUGGACCCUUGCACAGAGGAACCACCCGCCACCUGCAGCGAAUGGAAGAGACCAAAUGGCGCUACAUGCGCGAGUUCCUCGACCGGAAAGGUCCCCAUGAGCAGCAAAAUAGAAGAUCAGAACAAAGGCUCCGAGAAUGCGGCACCGACAUCCUCAAAUUAGAAAAAUUAAUUAUCGCCAGUUACGGAGGUAACAUCGAAUCAGAGCCACAAGAACUGAGUAAAAUAAUGAUAGUUGAUGGUUGUUUUCUGUUAGAACUUCUCAUAAGACUAAAAGAUUUUAUCAAUGGUAAUGGUGAUACUAACAACAACAACACUACUAUUACUAAUACUAACAGUAACAACAACAAUAAUACGAAUAAUUAUUCCAAUGAUCCUAUACUAAAAAACGAGGAGAAGAUGGUGGCUGUUUUGAAUGAUAUCACGAAGCUUGAGAAUCAAAUUCCCUUCAUUGUUCUCAAGAAGUUGUAUCGAAAGGUCUUCCCUGAUGGUAGUAACAUCGACGAUGAUCAUCGCGUUGCGAAUAUUGUUCGCGAAGCAUUUGGGUACAAUGGUGUGGAUAACUCGGGGGGUGUCCACAUACUUCACUUGAUGCACUUGUCCACAGUGGAGCAGAACCAGCAAGAGGGGAAACUCGCGAAGCAAGAGUUGUUGCGGUGUGCCACGAGGCUUGUAGCUGCUGGAAUAGCGAUUGAAGGUGGAAGCACAAGGAAUCGCCAUAGGUUGGUGGAUUGGUUCAACUUUGAGAUAAGUUUCGAUGGUGAGGUGCUGCGGAUUCCGCAGUUGUAUGUUAAGGAAACGACGGAAGUGAGGUGGAGGAAUUUGAUUGCAUGGGAGCAGAGCAAAAUUUGGAUAAGGUGUAAGUACACUUCGUAUGCUUUGUUUUUCAAAGGUUUGGUUUGUUGUAAGCAUGAUGUUGAGCUGUUGAAAGAGAAGGGGGUUAUAGUGAACGAGGCUGGGAAGAGCAAUGAGGAAUUGUUGAAUCUGUUUCGAACGAUUUCCAAUGGAGCUGAGUACAUGGAUUCGAGUUAUGAGGUGAUUUGUGAGAGCUUGAACGCGCACAGAGUGAGGAAUGUCAGAAUAAUGGCUUUGCAACAAUUGCCUAUUGUGACUUGGCAUCGGUGCAGAGGGGUUUGUGAAACCAUUGUUUACUAUUGGUGGAACUGGUACAAAAUUUUGAUAAGGGAUCAUAUCCCCACAGUGUGGAAAUUCAUAGGAGUUUUAGCAGCUGUUGCGCUCCUUGUUCUCACUUUUAUACAGGCCUAUUAUGCUGUCCACCCCAAUAAAUGAUGGGUGUUUUCUAAUUUUACCAAGUUUCUAUUAGCAAACAUGGAAUCAAGUGGAAAGUGGGAUCAUGUGUCUGUAUAUUGGUUUUUUACCAAAUGAAUGAAUCAAUGAUUGAUUUUGUUUUA